CAUAAAUAUAAAAUUCUCUAUAUGGCCAAAAUUUCUUUAUCAAGCAUCAAUAAAUAUAAAUAGUAAAUUAGCAUGUGUUAAUCUAUCUAAAAAUUUAUGGAUCACAUUCUAAUGCACAUAUAUUAUUGACACAGAAAUAAAAUAAGUAUAAUCAGGCAUGGUUCAAAGCAUAACCUACUGAAACUAUCACUUAAUUAGGACAACUAAUAUGAAAAUGCAACGUUUUUUAAAUUUUAUCUUAAACUUUUUUUAAUUAAUUUUUAUAUGCUAGACCUCCACCAAACAUGGAAAAAUGUUAUCAAAAUAUUAAAAAUUUGACUCAUCAUUUAGUCCAAUAUAUCAAAUUUCGUCAUUGCUAUUAAAGUAUUCAUUCAGAUUUAAAUCAAUGAUUAUUUAAGUGUUUUAUAAUUUACAAUUGAAUGUUUUAAUUGUUUUUAUAUGUUUAUAGUAAUUUUAUAUAUAACCAAAAAAAAACAAAUUAUUUAAAUCGAAAAGAUAAUGACCUAUUUUUGAAGAUUAAAAAACCCAAAUAAUUAAGACUAAACUGAAUAAUUAAACUCAUCCCUAACCUAAAACAGUAACUUGUAAAGAGGAUUUAUCAGCUAAUUGAUCAGACUAAUGCUUAAAAAUUAGCAAGAUUGACAUAUCUUUCUUAAAUCCAUAAAUAUCAAAUAGAUACAUAUAGUAUAUUUUAAAUUCCAGUCUUUGAGUUUUUCAAAAAACAUUUUAGCGGGUAUCUAAAAGCAUGCCCAUUGCUAAUAUCCAUAGGGUAUCUCAGCAAUGUUUUUCAAAAAAUAAAAUAUGAAAAAUAUGACAGAAACACAGGAGAAUAUAUCAUUUCAGAUACUCUGAAAUACCAUCUAUUACACAUGGCAUUUUAUAAAUGGUUCAAAGUUUUAAACAUCAUUUUGAUUUAAAUAAAUAAGUAAAAUAUUAUCAAAUAAUUAUUUUGUUUUGUACAGAAACUGAGUUGAGAUACAUGAGGGAUGAGGUUGCUCUAAUAAGAUUUUAAGAUGAAUAGGUGAGCUUGUCCUUUGGACCCAUCCUGUUAUAAAUACUCAAAUCAUAUAAUAAUAAUGGUAGGGGAAAAUCUAUUAAAAUGUUGAAAUAAUAAAUGGUAGUUGACUAGUUGAUAUCCAAAAGAUCACGAAAGAUCACCUGAGUUGUGAUAUGGUUAGAUGCGUGAACAACAGGACCAACACAACCUACAACAAAAUGCAAGUUUGUCAUUUAGCCGUAAAAGUUGAUUGCAGGCUAACAGGUUGUCGUGACUAAGUUGACAUAGUAAUAUAAGGCAUGAUUAAGACCAGUUUCUAGCAGAACAGAGAACAGCUGUCUCGAUAUGUGCGAUCGUUAAGCAACAAGUAGUCUAUAUAUCAUCAUGAGAGCCGUCUGAAAAAAAUAGAACAUAAUGAGAGAGUGCAACAUGCAUAAUUAGUCUACCUAGUCGAUCAAGGCACAGCUGAAAAAGCUCUACUAGCCAAAACUGAUAAACAACUAGCGACAAGUCCCUGAAGUCAAGAAGAAAGUGUUGAUGGAACUCAUCUGAGAUAAGCUAAUUCUUCAGCAAGUAAAACUCAUAAUCUGAAAAAUGAUUGUUAUAUUGUAAGCUCAAAAUGAUUGCAACAGCAGAAGUACAUCUGAAACACGUGAGAUUUGUUGCUGCUCUUCAUAUUCACCAGAAAGCGUAUGGUUUUUUAGCUUAUUAAUAAACGUACGGACGAGAUUAAAUCCCGUUGAAAACUCUUAACGAACUUUCCCAAAAAUGGCGCGCUUAAAACCGAACAAAUAAAUAAAAGAGAAAAAAAAUCCUCUGUUCUGUUUUGAACAUUUCAAACACACAGAAAAAGAGAGAUAGUUGAGAAGAUCUGAAAGAAGAAUGAGCAGCGAAGAAGAGAAGACGGUAUGUGUGACGGGAGCUUCAGGUUACAUCGCUUCGUGGAUCGUUAAGCUUCUCCUUCUCCGGGGCUAUACCGUUAAAGCCUCUGUCCGCGAUCCAAAUGAUCCGAGGAAAACAGAGCAUUUGCUUGCACUAGAAGGUGCAAAGGAAAGGCUUCAACUGUUCAAAGCAAACUUGUUAGAAGAAGGCUCUUUCGAUUCAGCGAUUGAUGGUUGCCAAGGAGUUUUCCACACCGCAUCACCAUUCUAUCACGAUGUCAAAGAUCCUCAGGCUGAGUUACUUGAUCCAGCGGUGAAAGGAACAAUCAAUGUUCUAAGCACUUGCUUGAAGACUCCCUCUGUUAAGAGAGUCGUCCUAACCUCAUCUAUAGCAUCUGUUGCUUUCAAUGGUAUGCCUCGAACACCCGAAACCAUUGUUGAUGAAUCUUGGUUCGCCGAUCCUGAAUAUUGCAGAGCUGCCAAGCUAUGGUAUGUACUAUCCAAGACAUUAGCUGAAAACGCAGCGUGGAAAUUUGCCAAAGAGAACGAUUUACAGUUGGUUUCGAUAAAUGCAGCAAUGGUGAUCGGUCCUCUUUUACAGCCAACGCUCAACACUAGUGCCGCCGCAGUUCUAAGCUUGAUCAAAGGAGCACAGACGUUUCCUAAUGCGACAUUCGGGUGGGUUAACGUUAAAGAUGUAGCUAACGCUCACAUUCAAGCGUUUGAGAAUCCAACUGCUAAUGGAAGAUACUGUUUAGUGGAGAGAGUUGCUCAUUACUCUGAAGUUGUUAACAUUUUACAUGAUCUUUACCCUGAUUUCCAACUCCCUGAGAAGUGUGCUGAUGAAAAGAUAUAUAUUCCAACAUACAAAGUGUCUAAAGAGAAAGCAGAGUCUCUUGGGGUUGAGUUUAUGCCAUUGGAGGUUAGCAUAAAGGAGACUGUAGAGAGUUUGCAAGACAAAGGGUUCAUCAGAUUCUGAGUUUCAUCACCAAAGAAAAAACUCAAACCAGAACCAGACUUGGAUCUGUUUUUGUUUUAUUUUCAUUUGUUUGUGGAUUUUUUUAAAUUCAAAUGUGGAGUGUGUUGCCUAUGAUAUUGUGGACAUUUUUUUGCAUCAUUUGAGUCUGAUAUUUGCAGGAUGUUUCCUUUUUGAAGUGUUACAAUAUGCUAUAGCAAAUAAUCAAAUUCAUUACAUUUA